AUGAUAAAAAUCUACUCCCGAAUCAGAAACCUAACAAACUUCCCCCUAUAUGGACUAGAAGAUGUCAAUGAACUGUCAAAACUAGAAACUGUAUGCGACUCCAAUCUCUUUAAAAUAAGAAUAGCAAACAAAAACUUGCUCCGAAUUCUUGUAAAUUGCUCGGAAUCUUACAAGGAUGUGAUAUCGGCAAUAAGGACUAAAGGCUUGAUAGGUCAUACAUUCACUCCAAAAGGUAAGAAAGCAUAUCGCAUUGUUAUAAAGAAACUACACUACACCACUCCACAUAGUGAAAUAAUUGACGCUAUUGAAGCUACUGGUAAUAAAGUCCGUCCCGGGAAAUCAUUAACGUAUGGGAGAAAAUAUUUUUGGUCUGCUCGAAGGAACUCCUGA